UUCGUCCCGUAUCAAACAGCUCAUACAUACAUAAGUAUUUGCACUGAUAAAUGCAUACAGUCAUUAUCAAUUGAUAAUCAUUUUACUUUGCACUAUGGCCUCACAAACAACACAUGACGAUAGCUUGGUCCAGCUCAAGUUAAAAAUUAGAGAACAUGACAAACUUGCCCCAUUCUAUGAAAUUUUUGACGACCCGUUCCUUCUCGGGUUUCUGCAGGGGAAAAAGUUUCAAGUUGAGGUGGCCCUGAGUUGUCUGGAAAAAUACAUGAACAUGCGGACCGUCAAGUAUAGGAAGGAAAUGAGCCCUUUCCGACCCUCCAAGGUGGCCUUAUUGGAUACCGAUUUCGCCCAAAUGCUCCGCCACAAAGAUCCGGAAGGGAGAUAUAUUGCUGUCCUAAAUACAUGCACUUGGACUCCAGCCUUUUGCUCUGUGGCGGAGUCCAUCGCGGUCACGCACUUCGCUCUGGAUGAGGGUUUACGCCGCUAUUUCUACCUCAGUCCGGACGGCGUGGUCUUAAUUCUUAAUUUUAAAGACUUCCCCCUAUCCAAGAUGAUGGCCUCGUUUCCAUAUCUGAUGCAAACGGUCGACCUUGCUUUCAAAUGUCUCCCCGCGAGUCCAAAAGCGCUACAUUUUGUGAACGAAAACGCACUUAUUCACACCUUUUUACCCCUUUUUAGGAAGGUUAUAAGCAACAAGAUAGGAGGAAGGGUGCAUCUUCACUCGACCCGACUGGAGUCGCUGCAUGAGCACGUGCCACCAAAUAUUCUCCCAAAAUCACUAGGUGGCACUCUGACCGAUGCGGAGGCCUAUGAUAGCCACCUAAUUGCUGGAGCGAAAGCGAAUGAUGCCUUUUAUGAUGGAAUUUGGCCGUAGAUCACAUGAUAAAGGAAACGGUGUAGGGAAACAUUGAAUACUGUAGUUUCCAAAUUACGAAUAUUACCCAUAAGUAUACAGGGUCAACUAUUUCUAUGCGUAGGUAUGAAUUACUUAACCUUUACUCGAAGUACAAUUGUCCGAUUACUUAUAUGCCACUAAAGGAUUAAAUAAAUGAGGAAACAAUUUUUAGCACCAAAUAAUCGA